CCAACAUAACAAAGUCCACAAGUUACUGUACAAGCUAGUCCCAAGGCAUACAGCAACCAUGGCGAAUUUUACAGAGCUGGUGAAUGGCGUGCGCCAGGUAUUCCGAUCUGGACGGACUGUCACGUAUGAAUGGAGACGGACACAGCUCGAAGGGAUGCUGAAGCUUCUGGACGAGAACAUGGACAAACUGACCGAUGCUCUCUACAAGGACCUGCACAAGGCAAAGGCCGAAGCGAUGAUGAUGGAGCUCAACAUGGUUCGCAAUGAGGUGAUUAACACGAUGAACUCGCUGACAACUUGGAUGAAGCCAGAGAAGGUAAAGAAAGAACUGAUCAAUAUCAUGGACACCUGCUACAUCAAGUCUGAACCGUAUGGUGUGGUGUUGAUUCUGGGAGCGUGGAACUACCCCAUUCAACUGUCGCUGCUUCCACUGAUUGGCGCGCUGUCUGCGGGUAACUGUGCCAUUUUGAAACCAUCUGAAAUCUCCCAAAACUGUGCCCAGUUGAUCGAACAGCUCAUUCCCAAGUAUCUAGAUAAUGACUGUGUUAAAGUUGUGAAUGGUGGCGUCCCAGAAACCACAGCUCUUCUGUCAGAGAGAUUUGACUACAUCUUCUACACCGGAAACAACGUGGUUGCUAAGAUAGUGAUGGCGGCUGCCGCCAAAUACCUGACUCCUGUAACCUUGGAACUUGGAGGAAAGAGUCCAGUGUAUGUUGAUCGAAAUGUGAACAUGGAGGUUGUUGCCAGGCGGAUAUUAUGGGGAAAGUGUUCUAACGCUGGACAGACCUGCAUCGCUCCCGAUUAUGUGCUGUGUUCUAAAGACGUUCAGGAUCAGCUUAUAGAACAACUGAAGAAAAUUAUUCCAGAAUUUUACUCUGAAAAUCCAGUUGAAUCGGGUCACUAUGGACGCAUUGUUAAUGAGAGACAUUUUCAGCGUGUGAAGAAGUUGAUGCAAAGUGGCACGGUUGCUAUCGGCGGCGACGUGAAGGAUGAUGAACGGUUCAUUUCUCCGACUGUCCUGCGAGAUGUGAAGGUCACAGACCCAGCCAUGCAGGAUGAGAUAUUUGGACCUGUGUUGCCAAUAAUAACAGUGGGCGAUGAUAACGAAGCUAUUGAUGUUAUCAACAGUCGAGAGAAGCCACUAGCUCUGUAUAUAUUUUCAAACAACAAGAGGGUGGUGCAUAAUUUCCUGAACCGCACCAGCAGUGGUGGAGUUUGUGUCAACGAUACCCUGAUGCACAUUUCCAUACCAACUCUGCCAUUUGGUGGAGUCGGCCAUAGCGGUGUGGGGUCGUACCACGGCAAGUUCUCCUUCGAGACUUUCUCUCACAGGAGAAGCGUCAUGGAGCGUGGCCUCACUCUCGAUUCUGUCAAUGCAAUCCGAUACCCGCCUUACACUGAGAAGAAACUUCAGAUGGUUUCCUGGUUGAGUAGUCAGAAAGUGAAGAAAACGGGAUUCUUUUCCUUCUUCCCAUUCGUUAUCAUCGGUACAGUGGUUGCAUUCUUGUUUAAGGCUCUGGGUAUCCAUGGCAAGGAAGUGUCUCAUACAGACUAAAGAGAAAGAAAUCCAGCACAUUACAGUAACAGAAUCUAACAAGUUGUACAGUGUUACGGAAAAGGCAGUGGUUACAUUCCUCUAAUGAUCUUGGUAGCGGGAUAACUUCCAUGACAUUCUUCAAAAUGAAUUAUCUAUAAUCAAAGAAAUGCAUUUAUUGCCCAGUAUAUGCUGCAAGACAUGAUUUAUAUUAUAAAACUGGAGGAAUUUAUAAUGAAAUGUUAUAUUUAUAACACUGAAAUCAUGAUCAAGCCUAAAAUAAUGGUUCAGGGUUGGGGAUAAUGCAGUAAGCAAAUAAUUCAAGGUACAGUAAUAUAGGGUCUUUUCAGGUUAAACAAAAUGGCCGCCUCCUAGGUGGAUUCCUAAAAGAAUAUGAUUGAAACAUACCAAAUGAACCAAACAAAAACCCCAACAACGUUGUAAUUACAUUCUAUAUUGGUCGGUAGGGUGCAUUCUAACGAGCAAAGGCAAGUGUGAUACGUUUUUAAACCCCAACAACAUUGUAAUUACAUUCUAUAUUGGUCGGUAGGGUGCAUUCUAAUGAGCAAAGGCAAGUGUGAUACGUUUUUAAACCCCAACAACAUUGUAAUUACAUUCUAUAUUGGUCGGUAGGGUGCAUUCUAACGAGCAAAGGCAAGUGUGAUACGUUUUUAAACCCCAACAACAUUGUAAUUACAUUCUAUAUUGGUCGGUAGGGUGCAUUCUAACGAGCAAAGGCAAGUGUGAUAUGUUUUUAAACCCCAACAACAUUGUAAUUACAUUCUAUAUUGGUCGGUAGGGUGCAUUCUAACGAGCAAAGGCAAGUGUGAUACGUUUUUAAACAAGUUGUAGGAUAAAUGGUAUCUAACGGACACGAAUGUUGCAUUUUAUUUCUUACAUAUUUUGAAAAAACAGUUAAAAUAAAUUUAAAUACCUUUUCCAACAAAAAUCUUUUUAUGGCCCUUGCGCUUAUAAUAACUUGUGUGUCAGUUUAAUGUUAUCGUGUGUGUCAUGGAGUGAUCUAUUCAACUGUUUGGGGUUUUUUCAUUGGAUGGUAUGGCAUUGGUAACCUGGUCAUCAUCUAGGGGCAGCCAGUUAAAAUGUUAACGCACAUAUAUGUGUUAAUAAGUAUGUGUUGUCAAAAAUAACAAAUGAUAUUCUCACCAACAGGUGUGUAAGAACAUGAAUUUAAAUUUAAACAUUGUGCCCUCCUACGAGGAGAAUAUUUGGAGUUCACUAGAUUAGCAUAAGCUAUACUAUCUAAUUUCUUUGCAAAAAUGAUGCAUUUAAAAUAUGUAUUAUACAUUUAUAUUAACACUGUUUGAAAUGCAUCUUUCAUUAAGUGGAAAGUAUUAGUGGACCAUUUUGUAUUUAUGUUUUACAUAUACAAUGAAACCUGUCUAAAUUGGACCCUGAACAAACCAAAAUCUUAUGAAAAUCGGCCAAAUUUCAUGGUCUGAAAUGUUUUAAAUUGUAAAACGCAACCCUCUGAACAUCGGAUCCUGUCUAAAUCGGAUAAAUAUCAGGUCCCUGUAGUGAUCCGAUUCAAACAGGUUUCACUCUACUUUUUAAUGUUUAUUAUUGUAUUGGUUGUAGAUAAAUAUCAGGUCCCUGUAGUGAUCCGAUUCAAACAGGUUCCCGUAGUGAUCCGAUUCAAACAGGUCCCCGUAGUGAUCCGAUUCAAACAGGUUUCACUCUACUUGUUAAUGUUUAUUAUUGCAUUGGUUGUAGAUAAAUAUCAGGUCCCCAUAGUGAUCCGAUUCAAACAGGUUUCACUCUACUUUUUUUUGUUUAUUAUUGUAUUGGUUGUAGAUAAAUUUGAUUUGUUCAAACAUGUUGGGUUGUUUGUACAUACACAGCUUUAAUAGAAACAUUACAUAACAACCAUUUGUCUUUAAAAGAAUUUCGAUCUUGUGCCAUCCACCGAUAAAUGCAUAUUUAUUCUGCAACCACUGUUUCUAUUGACAGAAUAUGAUGAUAGAUAAAGCAAAGUUAUAUAUGUAUAGUAACAGGAUAUGACUUUUGACAUCACACAAAUACCUACAUUACAAAAU